AUGGCCGCCCACGGUGACGGCAAAGUCAACGAGGCCGACGUCCAUCCCGCUGGCUCGUCGUCGUCGAGCGAUGAUGCUGCUGGGUUGCGGCUGGUCCCUUCCCGUGUCGCCAACCUUGAUGCCGCCUGGAAGUUUCUUAAUGACCAUCGAGAUGCUGCAGGUGUUGAUGCCGUUGACCUGAACGCUCUGCGCCGCCGCAUUGACUGGCACAUUGUCCCUCUCAUGUUCUUGUGCUAUACCAUGCAAUUCCUCGACAAGGUCAUCUUGAAUUACGCCGCCGUCAUGGGCCUUGCCAGUGAUCUCAGACUGAAGGGCAACGAUUUCUCCAACGUCGCGACCUUUCUCUUCGUCGGCCUUUUGUGCUUUGAGAUUCCCAACAUUUAUUUUUUGCAGGUCUUCCCUGCGGCCAAGUGGCUCGGCGUCAACGUCACUUUAUGGGGUGUUGCUACCGCUUGUGGUGCGGCUGCUCACAACUAUCAGAGUUUACUCGCCUCUCGCAUCUUCCUCGGUAUCUUUGAAGCCACAAUUGCCCCGUCUCUCAUGCUCAUCAGCAGCCAGUGGUACACAAAGUCUGAGCAGGCUCCUCGGUUCUCCUUCUGGUACCUUGGAUUGGGUCUGGGCCAGAUUAUUGGCGGCCUCGUUUCAUUUGGCUUCCAACACAUGACGCCCAAUGCCGCCCUGGCUGGGUGGCGAACAAUGUUCGUCACACUGGGAUGCAUCACCGUCGUGUGUGGUAUUUGCACUUUUCUCUUCAUUCCCGACACUCCAAUGGAGGCCAAGUGGCUCUCCAUCACCGAAAAGGCCGCCCUCUUGAAGCAUGUGAGUGUCAACCAAACCGGUAUCCAGAAUCGGAAGUUUCGCAUCAGGGAGAUUAAGGAAGCCUUGUUGGAUCCCCAGAUCUACCUGCUCCUCUUAUCCGUCAUCUUGCUCUCCAUUUCCAGCGGCGUCAUUACCACGUACUCGGCUACUCUGAUCAAAAACAUUCUCGUCGACGAGCCUCCCUCCAGGAUAUCGAAGAAGGCGGCUCUUUUGAACAUGCCAUCCGGUCUUGUCAGCAUAUUCUUCACUCUCAUGGUCGGUUAUGGUAUUCGCAAGCAGUCUCAUCGGUGGGCUUGGAUAAUUGCCUGCAUCAUACCUGCUAUCAUCGGUGGGGCUCUCAUGUCGUUUCUGCCCAAGUCGAACAAGGCCGGUCUACUUGCUGGUAUAUAUUUGGUCAAUGCCGUUGUAGCGCCGCUGGCUGUCUUUUACAACUGGACUGUUGCCAACUGCGCCGGCGCUUCUAAACGCGCCUUUGCUGCUGCCCUCGUUUCCGGUUCGUUUUCCAUUGGCAACAUAAUCGGACCGCAAACUUUCCAAGCUCGCGACGCUCCCGAUUUCCGUCCGGCUAAGCUUGCCGUCAUGGGCACGCAGGCAGGCUGCACCCUCACGACAUUCUGCCUGUUUCUGUACUACGUAUGGGCCAACAAGCGCCGCAACGAUCGCAGCAAGGAAACCGAGGAGCAGUACUUGUCCCCCGAGGUCUGGGCUACCAUGACCGACAAGGAGAACAAGCACUUUCGCUACACGUACUAG